AUAGAGCACCGUUUAAUAGUAUAAUUAUCAAAACUAUAAGUGAGGAUUUUUUCAUUUCUUCCAGCAGACGCCUGAGCUCCAAGCUUCAGCGGUGUCCUUUGGUGUUCAGUAAUUAGAAGCCCAUUAAGGCGGAGGCGGAGCUCUGUGCUCGGAUUGGUAGGAAGGAGGCGUCAGAAUGGGUGUGUGGCGGGAGGAGGAGGAGGGUUGGAAGCUGUAGGGGUUCCUUUCAGUGGGAGUCCAGUGCGUAAAGAGCGCAGAGAGGCUCAGCGGAAAGAGUCUGAGAGUGUGCCGCUUUCCACCACCUCCUGGAUUACUGUUUCAUCUCCGUCCGACCAGACACGCUCUAUCAAUGAAGCUUGGUUCUUAUCCGUGAUUUCUUCGCCAUGAGCUGCCUGGAUGUGAUGUACCAAGUGUUUGGUCCUCAGCCUUAUUUCAGCUCCUACAGCCCCUAUCACCACCAGAAGUUGGCCUUGUAUUCCAAAAUGCAAGACCACCAGGACAGCGACAGCCGGCUUGGCCCCCCGGCGAUCAAAGAGGAGGACAAGGAGCUGCCGCCCGGUGCCGAGUACCUGAGUUCCCGCUGUGUCCUCUUCACUUACUUCCAGGGCGAUAUCAGCGCGGUGGUGGAUGAACACUUCAGCCGAGCUCUCAGCCAGACGAGUGCAUACCCCGCGUCGAGCAGCCACAAGGCCGUAAGAGAUGGAUCCUUUCCUAUGAGCCAGAGAAGUUUCCCUCCGUCUUUCUGGAACAGUUCCUACCAGCCGUCAGUCUCCUCCACACUGGGCAGCGCUUUGUCGGCUCCCCACACAGAGCUCUCCUUUCCAGGUGACCCUUACUCCUCUGCCUCCCUGCACAGCCACCUCCACCAGCCCAGCCCCGAUGCCUGGCACCCAUCCCACCACCACCACCAUCACCACCAUCACCCUUACUCGCUAGGAGGUGCUAUAAGCACCCAGAGCUCAGCUUAUCCACGUCCAGGUGUUCACGAGAUGUACGGCACAGCGUUUGACCCGCGUUACGGCUCGCUGCUGGUGCCGUCAGUGAGGUCGCACCACCGCCUGACGUCCGGCAGCUCGGUACCGGGGCCCAGUGGCUCUCCCUGUGACCUCGGGGGUAAAGGGGAAUCGGGGACGGGGUCGGCCUGGAGCGGUGCCUUCACGGGGGCAGGAACAGAGAUUGGACUGAACAUGGACACAGGUCUGCCGGCACAGGAUAAGAGCAAGGAUUUGUAUUGGUUUUAGAGACCACUGAGACCCCCCUCCCCCCUCUUCUUGUCUACUACUUCGGCUGUAGCCGCUUUCCUGCACUCCUGCUCUACUCUACUGCUGUUAUGGGAUGACUGACAGAAAAACUGACAGAUAGACAAAAACAGUGAGGCAGCAGUUUUUUUUUUCCUGCUGUAACGGCUUCUGGUUUACUUGCAGCUCUGUGUUACGGCGGACUGUGCAGCAGCAGUGCAGCCCUGCUGAGCUGAACGGCAACAGUGUGGAUACACAGCGAACAUGGAAACAAAAGUGGACUCGCAGAGGGGAGAGAGAGAAAAUAUGAUCUUGAUGGAUAUGGACAAAGACAAGACUCUUUGUGCUUCUGUAACAGGCAGGGACAACAUUCCUAAAGUGGAAAAAGUCUUUGGACAGACGGACAGAGACACAUGUGCUGUCGGACUCCAAAGACUAGCGCCUGAAAGGACUUGGCAGGACUUGCCUCACUGGGGCAACUGGGCUCAGACACUAGGAGUGUGUUAUGGCUGGAGGAAAGGCCACGCUGGUGUCAAGGAGGCAGCACAGCAAGAUUUUGGCAGACAGCGAAGGGAGGAGGACAAACUUUUUGGGUUUACAUGGAGUAAUGUUUCAUCCGGCACAACACAGUACACAUUAAAUGUAACCUGAAUGAAUGAAUUUCAACUGAUAUCAAAAGAUAUUUAAGCCAUGAUUACAGCUUCAAACCUUAGAAAUUUAAAGAGACAUAUUUUUCCUGGCUUGUAGCGCUAAAUAUCCAUCUUAACUGUUUUGAUGUGAGAUGCCCAGUUUUUUAUACAUCAGCUGCCUUCUCCAGAAUAAAAUUGCACUAAGUGACACUUGUGGUGUUUAAAGUGGCAGACAUAGCAGCAGUAUGUCAUUCCAGAAAAAAAUAGCACAUCAUAUUUUUUUUAAA